AUGCUCCGGGCGCCGGCCGUGCUGUGCGUGUGCGCGGCCGCCUGGUGCGCGCAGGCUCUGGCGGCGGCCGCGGGCCGGCCGGCCGGCGGCAAUUUUCUGGACGACAAACAAUGGCUCAGCACGGUGUCCCAGUACGACCGGGAGGCCGGACAGUGGAACCGAUUCCGAGACGAAGUAGAGGAUGAUUAUUUCCGCACUUGGAGUCCAGGAAAGGCCUUCGAUGGGGCUCUAGACCCAACUAAAGACCCGUGCUUAAGGCUGAAAUGUAGUCGCCACGAAGUUUGCAUUGUUCAAGGUUCUCAGACCGCAGUCUGCGUUGGUCAGCGGAGGCUCACGCACAGUAUGAAAGAUGCAGGAGUUGGGCAGAAGCAGUGGAGGGGUCCCCCGACAUCCGCCUGCCAGCAGUGCUCAGGGGUCUCUACCAGCCCCGUCUGUGGUUCAGAUGGACAUACCUACUCUUCUCAGUGCAAACUAGAAUACCAGGCAUGCAUCUUAGGAAAACAGAUCUCAGUCAAGUGUGGAGGGCGUUGCCCAUGUCCUUCAGAUACGACCGCGGGCUCAAGCAGGAAUAUGAAGAGAGCCUGCAGUGACCUGGAGCUCAGGGAGAUGGCCAGCAGACUGCGGGACUGGUUCAAGGCCCUGCAUGAGAGUGGAGGCCAGAACAAGAAGACGAAAGCAUCGCUGCGGCCGGAGAGAAGCAGAUUUGAUACCAGUAUUUUGCCAAUUUGCAAGGAUUCACUCGGCUGGAUGUUUAACAGACUUGAUACAAACUACGACCUGCUCCUGGACCAGUCGGAGCUUGGGAGCAUUUACCUGGAUAAGAACGAGCGGUGCGCCGAGGCCUUCUUCAGCUCCUGUGACACGUACAAGGACAGCUCCAUCUCCAACAACGAGUGGUGCUACUGCUUCCAGAGGCAACAAGACCCACCUUGCCAGACAGAGCUCGGCAGUAUUCAGAAGCGGCUCGGGGUGAAGAAGCUCCUCGGACAGUACGUCCCCCAGUGUGACGCAGAUGGUUACUACAAGCCGACACAGUGCCACGGCAGCGCUGGGCAGUGCUGGUGUGUGGACCGAUACGGAAGGGAAGUCGUGGGGUCCAGGAGGCGCGGUGCAGCAGACUGUGCUAUUGAUUUUGAGAUCUCUGGAGAUUUUGCAAGUGGAGAUUUCCGUGAAUGGGCUGCUGAUGACGAUGAAGAUGACAUUAUGAACGAUGAAGAUGAGAUUGAAGAUGAUGAUGAGGAUGAAGGGGAUGAUGAUGAUGGUGGUGACCAGGAUGGAUACAUCUGA